CGACUCGAUCCAGUCGAGACGAGAGUAGAGAGGGAAUUUCCGGUGGCUCCAUAUCCACACUCCACAGUCCGCAUAGCAGAGGAGUUGGACUUUUCCACCUCACUUUCUUGUUGAAGGCGAGCGUUGUGAUCGCACUGAUUUGCUGCUAGCGCUGUGCAGGACUGAGUACAGGCUCAGCGGCAGCAACAUGGAGACUCUGCGUACAGGUCUCAUGUUCAUCGCCCUAGUGGCGUUCCUCACCGCCUUUGGCUUCGGCGUUAUGAGCACGACGACCAGUCGAUGGUAUGUGGAUGAACGUAAUACGGACACUACACUGGACGAACCAAGGAAUAUCGUCAACCGUGGUCUGUGGCAGUGGUGCGACUAUGAUGGAGUGUGCUUCGAAAUUCCAGACGAAGAGUACCUUGACGCCGUGCGAGCGUUCUCCAUUCUAUCGCUGAUCAUCGCUCUGGUUUCGCUGGGACUGUCACUCAUGGCCGUCAACGAGGAUGGAACUAAAUUGAAGUUGGUAGCCGCGCUGUUCUUCUUCGUCACUGCGCUCUUCCAGCUCAUCGCAAUGGGUGUGUACACCAAAGAGAUACGUGACAUGGCUAGCUUUGACGAGCAGUACUGGGGAUAUUCGUUCCGGCUUGGCUGGGCAGCGGUAUUCCUGUACGGCGCCUCCGGUCUCAUCUUCCUUGUGGUGGCUACCUUCCUUGCCGGCUCCCCCACCAAGGUGCGCUACGGCCAUGUCAACCGCACAUAAUAAUAAUACGACACGGUAAUGCAACCGCACUCACUGCUUGUUAAGCAUGCCGCUGCUAAAGACACCUGAUGUAGUGUGUUCCGCCUUGCGCGGGCCAAGCAGUAACGGGAUCGUCCACUGGAAGCAUGUGUGUAUCUCUUCGGUCAGUGGCUAAUGCACCGUGUCUGACACAUGACGGGCAAUCUUGAUCCAGUAUGUUUGUAGUGUUAGUUGUAUGCAUAUUGCACAGAUGACCGUAACAGCCCCCCCCCCCCCCCGGAUAUUUUAGAAUCUGCUGCUUGUAGUGCUAACCAUCCAAUGGGUAUGUCGUAACUGCUGCUUACGCCUUAUGCUUCGUCCACUUCGCAGAUGCGCUCUCCGCUCGAACUGAUCUCUCUUGUAAUCUCCCCCCUGCGGUUCGUUUAAUUUUCAUUGCAGACUUCAGCUCCCGUGUCUUUCUUGUGCCCUCGUUGUAUGACGAGCACAAUGUGCCUGUUGCUUUGCAUGCCGCAAUACUAUGCAAUCUCGAUCUGUAUGUGUGAGGCCGGCUUGUUCUCGCACACUGCACUCGUCUGCCGUAUGUUGCUCACCUUGCCUGUGUGAAAUGCCAUCUACAAUCGCAA